AGCCACUCGUGUUGAGCCUUUCUCAGGAGCGAGUCCUUUGCACUGCACACCAGCAAGAGGAGGAAACUGCAGCUGUUACUUGAAACACUGCCUUUUGAUGAUCUGCUUUGCAUUUGGACACUUGUAGACCAGAAUUUUUGGUGCUUCAUUAGAGAGCGGACGAGCCUCUGGACUCAGACUCGAAGAGACAGCAAGACUCACCUGAACACAGUGGUGGAUAUCUUUCCUGCAACUGUUCAUUUCAACAUAACAAAAACUAGUUCUUAUCACCACUACAUUCGCCAGCCGAGCAGAUCACGAACAGGCUCCAAUUUCUGCGCUGUGAAAUUGAAUCAGAGGAACGGAGAGGCAAUACAGCAGAGGCAUUGUGUCCCUGCAAUUGAAACACUAACCAGCUGAAAAUAUCAAAGACCAUCCUGGACAAAGCGUUCCUCUCAAACCACCCUUGUUGCUCUAAAAUCUGCUGUUGAAGUGAUCAAAAGCUGCACAACACUCAGAGAGGAGGGGGGAGAAAGCAAGGGGGGACCAGACACGAGGGCAAAGGAUUGCGUGCAGGUGCCGGGGCUGCCAUGGUGCGUGGUGUGGCAGUAGGGUCGUCCUGCUGGGGCUUUUGGGUGUUUGCCGCCCUGUCGCUGGUGGCGCUGUGCUUAUCAGAUCAGGCCAUCCGCUGCCCGGUGUGUUCCGAGGAGAGGUUGGCUAGCUGUCGUCUGCCGGAAGGCUGCGAGGAGACGGUGCGAGAGCCCGGCUGUGGCUGUUGCCCCACCUGCGCCUUGCCUAAAGGGGCCCACUGUGGUGUCUACUCACCCCGAUGUGGCACGGGCCUGCGCUGCUACCCGCCACGUGGCGUGGAGAGGCCACUGCACUCACUGAUGCACGGCCAAGGGGUGUGCACCGAUGAGAGGGAGGUGGAGGAGAACUCAGCGAUGGACAGGCAGGAUGAGAUCAUCCCCGAGCAUCCGAAUAACAGCAAUAUCCGGUGCAGUCCGCUGGAUAAGCGCUGCAUCCAGAAGACCCUGGCCCGACACCCUCCAAAAUACACAAACCAGAGAAGCAACACCGCCAGGGAGGAAACCAAGGCAGCACUGGCUCCGUGUCGUGCUGAGCUACAGAGAGCGUUAGACAGAUUGGCAUCAAAUACCCGCACACACGAUGAUCUCUUCACCAUCCCCAUACCCAACUGUGACAAGAAUGGAGAUUUUCAUGCUAAACAGUGUCAUCCUGCACGUGAUGGCCAGCGGGGAAAGUGCUGGUGUGUGGAUCAGAAGACAGGCAUGAGGCUGCCAGGGCCAUUGGAGCUGCGAGGGGAUCUGGACUGCCACCAGUUAAUGACUGCUACUCUGAGGGAUUGAGGAGUGAGGAGUGGCAGUGCAGUGGGGGGACGGGACCAGCUGAACUCUACUGGUGCUUAUUAGUAGAACGACAUGAGGAAAGGACUUCGCUCUAAAGCCUCGCUUCACCUGAGGCCAACGGUACUUGAGCUUGCGCAACAAAAAGGAAUCCAUUGAAUUGAGUUCUUUUGCUAUUUUGUUUCUUUGUGUGAGAGUAUGUGAUGUCUGAAUCUUUUGAGCACUCGUGUGUAUUGUUUCUACUAUGUGAACUUAAGACUGAUAGUCUUUAGACAUGUGUGCUUUGAGGUAACAGGUGGCAGAAAAAAAAAACCUUCCACAGAAAACAGUUGUAGUUGUGAUCUUUGUUAGAGAGCAAAUCGUGUUGUUUUCUCUUGUCUAACUUUAGUAUUCUUGAAAAGUAAGAAAAUGCAUCAACCCCACCUGAUAAUCAGACUGUUAUCAUCUGAUUUAGUCUUUCUGGAGCACUAGAUCAGUUUUCAGGAAUUACUGCAUCAGGACAACACAGAUUAUCAAUCAAAGGACCGUGUACUAGUUUUUCACAAAAUGUGUGUAAUUGGUUGUAACGUGUGGCUCUUAUUCUGCUGUCUUAUAUGUCGUAAAAAAACAAACAAAAAAAACACCCAUCUGUUAAGUAGGUUUAAACAAACCAUAAAAUGUGUUUGCAAAUACAAAGUCUAGUUCAGCAAUGACACAAGAGUAGUAAUAAAAGAUGGGAUGAGAGCAACAGAUAAAAUGACAAGAAAUAGGGGUAACAAAGGAACACAACAAUCCUCCGCCUUAAGUUACCAAAUCAGAAGCCAUAGCUUUUCACAAUAUCAAGGCCAAAGUGAAAAGUGAGAUUAGUUUGGAAAACUGUAUCUCUGAGAGACCAGAAUAGAUUUGCUUCAUCAACCUGCGGUUAACUCUUCAUCCUCUCUUUGCAGAUGAGCUCUCUGUAGCAUUGUGGUCCAGAAGGACUGGCAGAGUAGCCGGGCUACAAACUCUGUACGCUGCUGAUAGGAUAAUCUUAUUUCUCCAGCUGGUGCUAAGAUGCCAGUGUGACUCUCGUUUUGAAUAUGCUUCAACAUACAGGAUUUCUCUCCAAACAGGCUGCUUGGCAGAACUUUGAUGGUGCUAGAUACUGAAUGUGCCAAAAUACAAAAAAAAUAAAAAAUGGCUUCUGCACUUUUUUUGGACAUUGUUUAGGAUUGGAACAGAGGACAGGGAUUUUCAGGAAGUGGAGCAGUUAGCAUCAGCAAGUGUGAGGAUCACCUAAAUGUGUGACGAUCAGCACUAGCUACUGACAAAGGCUUUCCAUGUGUCUUGUUAAAAUAUAAAAGUAACAUCUCCACAUUGGCUUUGCACUAUCACACUAUCACUGCAGCUACCUGGCUGAAUGUGCCAUUGGCCAGUGUUGUAAGCAGAGGUUAAUACAUAGUAAUGAUUAAGCUUCUGGCAGCACAGCAACACGAAACUCUGAAUGGAGGACUCUAGUGUAUCAUGAUUAUGUGGAAACUGAAAACAUUGUGAGAUCAAUAGGUGAAAGUCUUCACCUAUUGAUCUCACAAUGUUUUCAGUUUUCAUAUUCACUGUAGAGCAUCACACAAAAAUUAAAGGCGUGUAUUACCUGCGCGGGUGACUAGCUACUUCUCAAAUAUUGUCGAUAACGUAGGCGAGGCUGGUAUUACUGUAAGAGCGAUUUGAUUGUACUGGGCAGAGUAGCAGGUUUAAGCUAAUGCUGGUGUUUGUCACCACCAGAUAUGGACAGCCUGCUCUAUCAGCUUCAUGGGAAGCUCUUUAUGGUUUUUACUGAAUCAAGCUUAAAUCUAUCUCGUGUGGAUGGACGGUGAUUUUUGGUCUUGGUGGGCUAGAGUUCAUUAGAGAAGAGCUGAGCACGUCCGGGGAGAGAGUCUCGUCAUUGCCGCACAGAGCAGCAGACAUGUCAGCCUAACAAAUCACUGGUGUGUAGAUGCAGUCAUAUCAGAUAUGUUGGAAAGGCAAAAAGGAUCAUGAUGAGACAGAUAUUCAGAGCUACUGUCACACAAUGGAUCUUUGGUUCUUUCUGUUUCCUCACUCUGCGUUUACCUCAGCAUCAGUUAAGCUUUAAAUGGGACUAUUUGAGCAUAACAUCCUGAAGGAAGUUUCACACAGAAAUUUUAAAAGUGCCAUGAAAACUAUUUUCAUUAUUAUAAUGCAUUCUUUGCACAUUUUUCCACAUUGAAUUUGGCCUACUAUAUAUAUAUAUAUAUAUAUAUAUAUAUAUAUACACAUAUAAAUAACAAAGUUAAACUGAAAGUACCUGAGGGCACAUCAUUAUAAACUAAUUAAACAAAAUGAUAAAAGGUAACUUAGCAAUUUAACUUUAUCUUAUCUGAAGCCAAUUUAUAACCUUUGUGGAAAACAGUGCACUGCCACCUGAUGACCACUUUUUGUCACUAAAGACAGACAUGUACCCAAAGGUAGUUCACUAAAAACAGAGACAGAUAGAUAGAAUAUGGUAUGGGUGGAGAAUCACUGCUACAGCUUCAAAAUAUCAAAAACCAAAUAUCCUAAAAGUCGUUCCAAAGACUAUAAGCAAAGCAUCUGCAGACGUUAAUACUCAUUUAGUGAACUGCAUGCACACAGCUAAAUCCUAUCUUAUCAUUCAUCAACUAAAGAAGUGUUUCCAAACACAUUCAAACACAUUUCUGUUAAAUAAUCAUAAUCUUUGUGAGAGAUGACAAACGGCUUUGAUUUUGUAAAGGCCUUUUAACUACAUAAACUGUGUAUUUAAGCUAUAGUACGUUGCUUGAUCUCUAACUUUGCUGUACUGAACUGUAAUUGCAUUUCUCCAGAAUAGACGGUUCCUGUUUGCCUUUGAUAUUAUCUAUUAAUGUGUAGAAGAUAUGAAGUAAUGUUUGCAUGCAUACAAAUGGACUGGGCUUGGAAACAGCUAAGGUCCUGUGUAUCUUGUCCAGAACAGGACUGUUAUACUCAAACACUGAAGUGAUCACAGAACUGAAAUGUAGAGUUUCAACCAAUUAAAUGAUCACUUACAUUGUAAAUGUUUACCUGAUGAAAAUGUACACAUUGUAAUACAUCAAUUAAAACACUUUAGAAACUA